UCUAUCAUCAACUACUCUUCCCUACUCCUACCCCUUCCUUCUCUCUCUCCCAAGUAAACUUUCCUUGCAUACCUCUCUCAUCAUGUUGUGCACCCGAACCACCACCCAGCUCGUACGACCGUCAAUGGCUUCGACGCUCGUCGUACCCCGAUCAGCCGUUGCUGCCGGUCUGAGCGCUUACCGACGUGGGUUGGCGACCGCCGCCGAGCCGUACGAUGUCGCUGUCAUCGGAGGAGGCCCUGGAGGAUACGUCGCCGCCAUCAAGGCCGCUCAACUCGGUUACAAGACCGUCUGCAUCGAAAAGCGAGGAGCCCUCGGGGGUACCUGCUUGAACGUGGGAUGUAUCCCUUCCAAGGCCAUGUUGAACAACUCUCACAUCUACCACCAGACCAAGCAUGAUCUGGCCAACAGGGGGAUUGACGUCUCCGACGUCAAGCUCAACCUCCCCAAGAUGCUCGCUGCCAAGAACGCAUCCGUCACCGGUCUCACCUCGGGUAUCGAAUCUUACCUCUUCAAGAAGCACAAGAUCGACUACGUCAAGGGCACGGCCAAGUUUUCUUCGCCGACCCAGUUGAACGUGGCGUUGACCGAGGGUGGGGAGACGAUGUUGGAAGCCAAGAACGUCAUUAUCGCCACCGGGUCCGAGGUUACGCCUUUCCCCGGGAUCGAGAUUGAUGAGAAGCAGAUUGUCAGCUCGACCGGGGCUUUGGACUUGCAGGAGGUUCCCAAGAAGAUGAUCGUCAUCGGAGGAGGUGUUAUCGGACUCGAGCUCGGUUCGGUUUGGUCCCGAUUGGGAGCCGAGGUUCAGGUCGUCGAGUACAUGGGCGCCAUCGGUGCCGGUAUGGACUCUGAGAUUGCCAAGAACUUCCAGAAGAUCUUGACCAAGCAGGGACUCAAGUUCAAGGUCAACACCAAGGUCAUUGGUGCCGAGAAGAAGGACGGCAAGGUCUUCCUCAACGUCGAGUCCGCCAAGGGAGGCAAGGCCGAGACUUUAGACGCCGACGUCGUCCUCGUCGCCAUCGGUCGACGACCCGUCACCAAGAACCUCGGUCUCGAGGACAUUGGCGUCGAGAUGGACAACAAGGGCAGGAUCGUCAUCGACGACCAGUUCAACACGAGCAUCAAGGGGAUCAAGUGUAUCGGGGACGCCACCUUUGGACCCAUGUUGGCCCACAAGGCCGAGGAGGAGGGAAUCGCCGCCGUCGAGAUCUUGAAGACCGGACACGGGCACGUCAACUAUGACGCCAUCCCCUCGGUCGUCUACACCCACCCCGAGGUCGCUUGGGUGGGCAAGAACGAGGAGGAGCUCAAGGCAGCCGGAGUCAAGUUCAAGGUCGGCAAGUUCCCCUUCAGCGCCAACUCGCGAGCAAAGACCAACCAGGAUUCCGAGGGUAUCGUGAAAUUCAUCACCGAGAAGGACACUGACCAGAUCUUGGGAGUACACAUCAUCGGACCCAACGCCGGUGAGAUGAUCGGAGAGGCCGUCCUUGCCGUCGAGUACGGUGCAUCGGCCGAGGACAUUGGCAGGACUUGUCACGCCCACCCUACCCUUUCGGAAGCAUUCAAGGAGGCUGCUAUGGCCGCUUACGACGAGCCCAUUCACAUGUGAUCAGGUAUCGCGCGUUCUUGUAUCACGACCCAUGAUGAGGGAUAUCAUGGAAUAAUGCCAAAAUUCAAUAGAUCCGUUUUGCCUCUGAAUGCCUCCUAGAAUAAAUUGGAACUCUGCCGGGAGCACGAGUGGGCAGUCAAUCACCGAAUCGAUGAGUGCCAAAAUCUUGCUAAGGCCGAGGUCAUCAUACCUUCAGCCUUUCCCUCUUUUCCCCGACCAUAGUCUCUCAUGUCUAAAUGUAUACCCAGAAGGCCUUGUCCAAGUUCCGUGCUGUUUCGCACCUAGCUUGAGGGCUGGACGUUUAGGAGAGGCAAUGUAUGGGUUGGCGGCAAAAUAGGCUAGCCAGUUGCAGGUC